CACUCUCAAAUUUGUUGAACACAAAAAGCCCACUUUCUAAUACACCACUCUUUCUCAUCUCACCUCCCCCUAGAAGAGAGAGAAAAUUACAUCACUCAGAAAACACAAAUUUCUGAGAUAGUCGCCAUUUCCAAAUUUCAACCUUCUUCAGAAAAAAAAAUGUACCGUCAAGCCACCGCCCGCCUCCUCCGAUCCGCCAAAUCAAAGGCUUUUUCAACGUCAGCGGAAGUUCCGGCGGAAACACCAGCAGGUGUGGCAACAUUUCUGGAAAAAUGGAAGAAAAAUGUUCCAAACAUAGAUCCUCCCAAUACCUCUUCUUCUUACAUGAAGCUUCGUCCUCCUACUCCUUCUACUAUCCCUUCUAAGCUCACUAUUAAUCUCGCUCUUCCUUACUCCACCUCGCUUUCUACUAAAGAGGUUGAUAUGAUCAUAGUACCUGCAACCACUGGUCAAAUGGGUGUGCUUCCUGGUCAUGUUGCAACAAUCGCUGAGUUGAAGCCCGGGGUCAUGUCAGUUCAUGAAGGCAAUGAUGUGUCAAAAUACUUUAUAAGCAGUGGGUUUGCAUUCAUCCAUGCAAAUUCAUAUGCUGAUAUUAUUGCUGUUGAGGCUGUACCUGUUGAACAAAUUGACCUUGCUGCUGUUCAGAAGGGCCUUGCAGAAUUCACUCAAAAGCUCAAUUCUGCAUCCACUGAUUUGGAAAAAGCUGAAGCCCAAGUUGGAGUGGAUGUCCACAGUGCUCUUAAUGCUGCCCUCACCGGCUGAUAUUUAAGCUGAAUGUGAUUUUUCUUCCAUUUUGAUUAACUCUUAUAAAGGCAUGUUGAAUGUUUAGGAUCAUUAUACUGUGCAGCUCUCUAUGGAUAUCGCUGUGUUGGCCUGGAAAGCUUAAUAAAUUUUAUGUGAAACAAGAGCCCCCCUGCCUUUCUUGUUGCAAACUCACAGAUACGCUGUUUUUGAUGCUCCGACUAUUUUUUUUUGUUUGUAUGGCCAAUCUUAGGUCAAUAGAAAAGCUGCAUCAUUUGACAUGUAUCCUAAAUUGUUGAGUUAUUAGUUUUGAAUGCUAAAGUAUCUUUCUAUUGUAACAAAUAACAUCAGUACAUCACCAAGCUGUCCUGUCAAACGCCAAGAAUGUUUUUGUUCAAUUCAAUUUUUUGUUCCAAGAA